AUGGCAUCUCCACCUAGAAAUCCCCUUCCAGCCGAAGAUGAUGUCCACAACGAUGCUGCAGCACCUGAACCAGCAGACCCGAAUCUGGCCAUCAUCAUUCAUCCUGUCAAUCUUGAAGCAAUGUCGAUCAGUUACAUUGAGCCCGGAGACGAGCUGAAUCCGAUUGACCCAGACAACUUCGAGUUCGUGGGUCCCUCUUCCACUGCCGGAAGAUUUCCAACUCGCCGAUCCAAGCGCAUGAACCCCUUCCCAGAUCUGAAUACUGCUGGGCCUCAACGCCGGAGGGGAGAAAACUCUCCCAGAAGAGGAGGCAGAGGUGGAAGAAGAGGAGGCAGAGGUGGCCGUACUCCAGUUAGGCCAAAUCCACCAAGAGGCCUUCAUUUGGUGGAUGAAGAAACUGAUGAUGAAGAAGGAGAUCCUACCUUUGCAGCACCAGAGGCUCAAGCUCCAUCCUCUAGCUCAUCUGAGUCAUCAUCCAAGGACUCACUUCCCCCAGCAUCAACUCAGGGGGAGACAUCUCAGCCUAGCAUGGCAGCAGCAGCCUCUCAACAUCCUGUUUCUGAGGGUGUUGCUGCACAUGCUCCAGAAGAUGCUGCUGCACCCACUGUCUCAGCAAAUGUUCCUCAGAAUGCUGCUGAGGAUGCUGCUCCUUAUCAGGAUGAAGAAAUGCCUGAUUUUUCUGGGAUGAUUUCACCACUACGGAAGAAACACCAUCAGCACCUCAUGCAGACCCAAACUCUGGCUGAAGCAGCAGUUCAAGCAGAUGCAUCUCCUCCUCAGGCUGAAGAACCAGAGAAAAGUGAUGACAGCUGGGAGGUUCCUCUAGCUGCUUUUCGCAAAAAUUUGCCCUCAUCAGAUUCAGACAGUGAAUCUUCUGAAGACUCUUCUCAGCAGGAAGAAGAUGUUGCCCCACCUGUUGCAUCACCUGAACCAGCAUACAUUCCUGAUGAGCUUGAAGAUUCAGAAGAUGAGGACUCCUCAGAAGAAGAAGAACCAGACUUGGAUGGGAAGAAUUUGUCAACCCUUUUUGAGCUCAGAUUACCUAUCACCAGUCCAUGGUGGACAUGCUCCAAAAGGCUCUUUCUGAUAAAAAAAAGGGGAGAAACAGAUCAUGAAGCUGAAGCAGGAACUUCUCACCCUUUGGAUACCAGAGGCAGAGGGCAAGGAGCAAAGAAUGAGGGUGAAGAGGAGAGCAGUGGAUCCAGUGCUAGUGAUGGAGGAGCAGCAGCUGACACUGAGGAGACUUUGGAUAUUCUACUUUAA